CUCUAGGGAGUGUGGGGAAAUAGUGCGGUGAGUCAGGGAGUGUGGGGCUUACAAUCCCCAUUGUAUCUGCUGCACGGAAGCCAGUGCCUGGCAGUGCCCACCUACAUUGGCACAGUAUGAGGGACCGGACCAAGGAGCUCAGGCAGGAUGAUAGCGACUCGGAGGCCGAGGAGCACAAGGUUUUUAUCAUCACCGUACCGAACGGGAGCAAAGAUGAGACAGAAGUCAAUGAGCAGUUCUUGCAGACGACCCGCCAGAUACGGGAUGCGCUGCAACUUCUCCGGGAGAAAGUCAAGGAGCUGGACACAAGUCAGAUGAAAGUCCUGACUACACCCAUCCCCGAGGAGAAUAUGAAGAAGGAUUUACAGGCUAUUCGUGAAGACAUAAAACGCAUGGCUAAAGAUAUCCGCUCCAAACUUCAGAGUAUUGAAGUGAAGGAGGAUGAGGAGCAUAUCCGCAGUUCUGUGCAUACUCGCAUGAGAAAAACACAGCAUGGGGUGCUCUCUCAGCAAUUCAUCGAGCUAAUUAAUCACUGCAACAGCCUGCAGACCCAGUACAGAGAGAACAAUGUAAAGCGGAUCAAGCGGCAACUGCAGAUCACCGGACACAAUGUCACAGAUGAACAGUUUGAUGAGAUGCUGGAGGCCGGGCAGACUGACGUGUUCACGUGCAAUAUCCUUAAGGACACACAGCUCACCAAGCAGGCUCUGAACGAGAUAGAAGCCCGGCACGAGGAGAUUCUCAAGUUAGAGAAGAGCAUUGUGGAACUGCAUGACAUGUUUAUGUAUUUGGCCAUGGAGGUAGAAGCCCAGGGGGAAACCAUAGACAACAUAGAGAAGAAUAUAAUGCGCUCUAACGAUUAUGUGGAGAAAGCGAGAGAGCAGCUAAGCCAAGCUGUGGAGAACAAACACAAAGCCAGGAAGAAGAAAUUGUACAUUGCCAUUUGUGUCCUUAUCCUGGUCAUCGUCCUCAUCAUCAUUAUCACUGUGGCUGUGAUGAGUUAGAGGGAACGGGGUGCCUGGGAGUUGCACCUUUGUACCUCCCUCCAGACCAAUACAUGCUGACUUUACUCACCAUGUGGGCUUGUUUGGACCCUCUGCUUCUGCCAAUCGCUUUACAGCUUGUUGGCCCCCCUGGCAGAGAAGGGGGGGGAUCGGUGUUUGUCUUCUGGGAGCCGAGCAGCAAUUCGGGGGUCAGAGAGACUGAAAUCCUGUGGGUGCUUUUAAUUCACUUAUUUUGUUCUGUGUUUCGCACGUUUGCCUUAUUCCUGCUGUUCAUAAAGUGCUUUAUAAAUAAAUGUAUUUCUAUGGGCUGGGGGGGGGGGGGGUUUGUGUGUGUAUCCAGAUGAGCUGUGUGUGUGUGUUA